AUGAAAAAUAACUACACGCCAUUCUUUGAAUUUAAUGGUCUGACUAAAACAGAACAAGGGUUGUUUGUGUCAGAUCUUCCAAAUCUUGCUGCAAGUUCAUGUAGCCAGUUGGACUCGUUGAUGAAAGCUUACUGUCUUUGAGAAGUCGGGCAUUUAUGUUGUCGUCACUCAGAAAAUGUCAAAAAAUUUGAGAUCUCACAGAGGACUUCAGAAGAUGAUAAGUUUAUUCAGGAUCUUGCACAAUGCAAUACUCAUCAACAAGUACUUUCUAUUUCUACUAUACAUGCACCUGCCAGAAAUCUCUCAAAGCACAGAGGAUCAUUGGAGUACAGGACUGCUUACCUCCAGCACAAGCUCAGCCUUCUCUACCAACAAUUAGAAGCUGUUGAAGAUCCUCUUAUAACGAUUGUGGAGAGGAAGCCAAAGAUUGCUGCCUCUCGAUCUAACGGUAGAAGCCAUAGAAGGUCUCGGUUCACAGGUGUGUUCAAGAACACUGUGAGAUGGCAGGCUCUCAUCGACAUACUAGGCAAAAAAAUCUACAUAUCGACUCACUCGACUGAGCAAGAAGCAGCCAGAGCCUACGACCUGAUGAGUCUGCUCUUGAAAGGACUUAGAGCCUCCACAAACUUCAACUAUUCGAAGAAUGAUGUUUUGGAAUUGUUCAACAGUCUUGCAGAUAUAGUCAAAAAGUUUUGCUCAUAG